AUGACUAUAUGCUCUAUAUUAUACCUGCAGAUCAUCACAGCAGCCGAAGUUGCUGUGCAGAGGGAGGAGAUCGUCCGAGCAUCAGGCCUCAUCCCGUCACAUAGGGAGGGUAUCCUCCAAACAGCCAGUGUCCCUGCACAGAGGGAGGGGAUUCUCUCAGCAGCCAGCAUCAAUGCACAGAGGGAGGAGAUCCUCAUUUCGUCAGGCCUCAUCACUGCACAGAGGGAGGGGAUCCUCCAAACAGCCAGUGUCCCUGCACAGAGUGAGGGGGUCCUCCAAACAGCCAGUGUCCCUGCACAGAGUGAGGGGAUCCUCCAAACAGCCAGUGUCCCUGCACAGAGUGAGGAGAUCCUCCAAACAGCCAGUGUCCCUGCACAGAGUGAGGAGAUCCUCCAAACAGCCAGUGUCCCUGCACAGAGGGAGGGGAUUCUCUCAGCCGCCAGCAUCAAUGCACAGAGGGAGGAGAUCCUCAUUUCGUCAGGCCUCAUCACUGCACAGAGGGAGGGGAUCCUCCAAACAGCCAGUGUCCCUGCACAGAGGGAGGGGAUUCUCUCAGCCGCCAGCAUCAAUGCACAGAGGGAGGAGAUACUCCGAUCAUCAGGCCUCAUCCCUGCACGGAGGGAAGGGAUCCUCCAAACAGCCAGUGUCACUGCGCAGAGGGAGGGAAUCGUCCCAAUGGCCAGCGUCCCUGCGCACAGGGAGGGGAUUGUACCAAAGGCUAGUGUUCCUGCUGAGAGGGAGGAGAUCCUCCAAACAGCCAGUGUCCCUGCACAGAGGGAGGGGAUUCUCCAAACAUCAAGUGUCCCUGCACCAAGGGAGGAGAUUCACCAGUCAGCCAUUGUCCCUGCACAGAGGGAGGGGGUUCUCCGAGCAGCUAGCAUCACUGCGCAGAGGGAGGAGAUCUUCAGAGCAUCAGGCCUCAUCCCUGCACAUAGGAAGGGGCUCCUCCGAGCAUCAGGCCUCAUCCCUGCACAGAGGGAGGGGAUUCUUCCAGCAGCUUCUUCCAUCAGCUACUAUCAGAAGAAUAAGCUCCUCAGAGCAUCACAACUCACCCCUGCACAAAGGAAGUUGAGAUUCCUGAUAGCCAGUGUCACUGCGCAGAGGAAGGGAAUCUUCCCAAAGGCCAGCGUCCCUGCGCACAGGGAGUGGAUUGUCCCAAAGGCUAGUGUCCCUGCAGAGAGGGAGGAGAUCCUCCUCACAGCCAGUGUCCCUGUGAUGAAUGAAAACAAUCAUCCACAACCACCUCCCAUCAUCCCCAUGGUGGCACCACUGUGGAAAAUGAUUGGUGGAGCGUGUCCUCCACCUGUGGAUUUCUAUUCCAAGAGAAGAGAUGUCCGACUUAGAUAUGUUGAGCAUCCUGCUAUGAUGUCCAUCACCAAGCCGGAACACUCUGAUGCCAACCCUCAGUUCCAGACUGGCAGCCGGCCGGUGGCCGAGCCCGAGACCCCUGCUGUUCACAAUAACAGUGGAGGCUGGCUCAGCUGGGUCUUUGGGAGUGGAAGAGCUAAGAAGGAGGUUCAUCUACCUGAGGACAAAGACAGAUCUAUUGUCUGGGAUCCAACUCUGCACAGAUGGGUUAACAGAACUGAGCCCAAGGUUGAGAACAAGUGUGUACCACCUCCACCGAUGGGGACAUAUGGAUAUCAGGGGAACACUGGCAGUGUCCCCAAAGGAGUAAAUCCUUACUCUAUGAAAGCAGCAGGUCUAUGGGGCAGCAGAUACCCUACAAUGAAUUACAAUGAUAGGACCAACUCAAAGCCUCCAAGCCAUGGGCCUGGACUGCUUACUAGACAGCUCUCUGGCUUGCUCCCUCCUUCACACUUUGACCUCAUGGCACCAAUGGUUGUGCCACCUGACACUCUACCCUACUGAGGCCAUUUGCCCAGAGUGGAUUUGCCAUACAUAGAUUUUUUCAGCAUUAAAAAACUUCAGCAUUAAAAAUCUAUUAAAAGA